AUGUCAGGUCUUGAAUAUGAAUAUGUCUCCCGAGUGGAUGAGACAGGAGCCAACACAGGGCCAAAGCCGCCCUUGGAUUUAAGUCAUCAUUACUCCAGAGUUACCCAGCAGAGACAUGCGAGUGACAUGAAGGACUUCUACAAGUAUUUCCAGAUUCCUGGCAUUGGAAACCUGGCCGGUGGCCUCCCAAAUGAAGCACUCUUUCCAUUUGACACACUCGAAGCGCAGAUUGCACGACCCGAGCGCUUCAAGCCCACACCCAAUGAUCCAAAUAGCUCCAGCAAACUCGCUCACAAGCUUGCCACCACCUCGAUCGAUAAGCCUCAAAAUGCUCUAGGAUCGUCCCAUCUAACGGUUCCGCACACCUCUGCGAUCCAGAAUCUACUAGAAAAGAUCGAUCUAGCAACUGCGCUUCAAUAUGGUCAGGCACAGGGUUAUCCGCCGUUAUACUCCUUUCUCCGACAAUUUACACGUGAGAAUCUGCACCCAAACUGCCCAUACCUCGAUGGACCCGAUAUCAUUCUUACAAAUGGGAAUACGGAUGGGUUUGCGAAAGCAAUCGAGGCGCUAAGCAAUAUUUGGAUUGAAGAACGGGAUUGGAUUAGAGAGCGUGAAGGCUUACUGUGUGAAGAAUUCGCGUAUAUGAAUGCAAUUCAAACGGCGAAGCCGAGAGGGUUGAAUGUUGUGCCCGUCAAGAUGGAUCUAGAGGGUAUGCUGGCUAUAGGUCCUGGUGGCCUAGCGGAUGUCCUCGAAAAUUGGGAUGAGUCGAAGGGCAAAAGGCCCCAUUUGAUGUAUACGGUUUCCAUUGGCCAGAAUCCUACAAGUGGGACACAGUCGAUUCAACGCCGAGAGGAGAUAUAUGCUCUGUGUAGCAAAUAUGAUGUUAUAAUAAUCGAAGACGAGCCCUACUGGUAUCUCCAAUACCCUUCGGCAAUAGGCAAGGAAGUUGAAGCUCGUGGAACGACUUUUCCCAAGGCUCAAGCCCCACACAAAUUGGGGAAAUCUACUGGAUAUCCAUUUCUCGACAGCCUUGUGCCUUCCUAUGUGAAUUUGGAUCACGAUGGACGAGUCGUCCGUUUGGAUACAUUUUCCAAGACCGUAGCACCAGGCUGCCGAUUAGGAUGGAUCACCGCACAACCUUCAAUUGUUGAACGAAUCACUAGAAUUACCGAGUCAUCGACUCAGCAGCCCUCUGGAUUCGUGCAAUCUGUAAUUGCUGAAUUACUUAUAGGUCCUCAACCUGCGGCUGUAGAAUUUUCCAAGAAAUCCAGGCUUGAGCAGCGCACGUUUUCAGGGUGGCAGACUGACGGUUGGGUCCGCUGGCUUGAGGGCCUAAGAGGCGCUUAUGAGCGCCGCAUGAACGAGAUGUGCGAUCUUCUCGAAGCCGGCCGCUUCCAACUUAAACAGGGUACACCGAUCAAAUCAUCGGAUAGCGAUUGGGCUGUUAUCUCCAAAACCGAAAUGUACUCGUUCGAUUGGCCACGUGCGGGGAUGUUCGUCUGGAUCCAAAUGCACUUUGAUUCCCACCCGCUAUGGGGGCAGCUCGAUGGACCACAGCUGGCCACGGCCUUGUGGGCGUAUUUGACUAGGAAGCCAUUUUUGGUCCUAGCUGCUCCAGGGGCGAUUUUCAGUCCUACGCCAGAGAUCGCGGCAGAAAAGGGCUGGCAGUUUUUUAGAUUGUGUUUUGCCGCUGUCGUUGAAGAGGAAGUUGAGAGAUGCUCAAAGAGCUUUGCCAAGGGUGUGAAAGCAUUUUGGUUGAUUAAGAGUAAGGAUGAACUGGAUGACGAUGACGAGAGUAAUGCUCGGGCUCAAGUGAUGCCGGGGGAUUUAGUGGAUUUAGUCGAGCAGAUCAACCAUCGCCUCCCCGAAGUUCACCCGCCCCCCACGGACGCGAUGAACCGCCAAAUACCCCUCCACGUCCCUUUCUCUUCACACAACUCCAACGUCACCGAAGCUCCUAGCAUCGAUCAUACAGAGCUCCACGGCACCUGCACAGCGCUGGACACAAGCAUGGAGAAAAUCACCGACAAGAUCGCGGCCUUGCCGCCAAACACCAACUACUUCUCCCUCGAAUUCUUCCCUCCCAAGACCGCCAUGGGCUCCUCCAACCUGCGAGCCCGACUCGACCGCAUGUCGCGAGCCUUGCAUCCCCUCUUUGUCACAAUCACCUGGGGAGCAGGCGGAUCCACGGCGACGAAAUCUCUCGAGCUGGCCGAGCUAUGCCAACGAGAACUCGGCCUCACAACAUGUUUGCACCUUACCUGCACAAAUAUGAACCGGGCAUUGGUGGAUAAGGCUUUGGAGGAUGCGAAGGCGCUAGGGAUUAGAAAUAUUCUUGCUUUAAGAGGGGAUCCGCCACGGCCUGACGAGUACAGAGAAGCCGAAGAGCAGGGUCAGACCUCCGAAGCAAUGAACGAGGAGUUUGUGUGGGCAAUCGAUUUGGUGAAAUAUAUUAGGAAGCAAUAUGGCGACUAUUUCUGUAUCGGAGUUGCGGCAUAUCCGGAGGGCCAUGCCGAUGAGGGCGAUCCUGCGGGACAGUCUCUGGAGCAUGACCUCCCGUAUUUGGUGGAGAAGACGCAGGCCGGCGCGGACUUCAUUAUGACCCAGUUAUUCUUCGACGUGGACGCGUUCGACAGUUUUGAGAAGAGGCUAAGGGAGCAUGAGAGCGAGGCCUUCAAGACGAUCCCAAUUAUACCCGGCAUGAUGCCUAUUCAGAGCUACCAGAUGAUUAAGAGGACGACAAAGCUUAGCCAUGCAACCCUACCUCCGGGUAUUGUGUCGAGAUUAGAUGCAGUCAGAGGUGACGACGAACUGGUGAAGAAAGCUGGGGUAGAUAUCCUCAGCGAGAUCAUCACACAUAUCAAAAAGACACCUUCACCAACUCCCAGAGGGUUCCAUUUCUACACCCUCAACCUCGAGAAAGCAGUAUCUUUUAUUCUGGAACGGACGGAUCUAAUACCUAGUUCGCCUUCAGAUAUUGAGUCUGCACAGUUUGAUCUUCCUCUACCAUUGCUCACCAUUAACGGUUCACAGAAACCAUCCCGUCGAGAGAGCUUUGCAGGCUCUGACCCACAUAACCGGGUGAUCACCACCACACCAGAAAUCUCACACCCAAAUUACGAGACCUCAGCCUUGCAGGCCAGUGAGCCUGUGGAGCCGAUUAUUAGCCGUGCUAACACACUGGCAAUAUCGGAAGGGGAGGGCAGCCUGGGCCGGGAAGCAACAUGGGAUGACUUCCCCAACGGAAGGUGGGGAGACGCCCGAUCACCGGCGUACGGUGAAAUUGACGGCUAUGGAGUAAGUCUCCAUAUGUCUGUCAAUCAGGCCAUCAAACUCUGGGGCUACCCAACCUCCGUGUCAGACAUCACAUCCCUCUUCAUCCGACAUAUCGAAGGCGAGAUUUCCGCCCUACCUUGGAGCGAAGAAGGUCUCAACGAAGAAACCAACACUAUCAAACAGCAGCUCCUCUCCAUUAUUAAGAAGGGCUGGUGGACCGUCGCCUCCCAACCAGCUGUCAACGGCGUCCCCUCCUCGGACCCGAUCUUCGGCUGGGGUCCCAAAAAUGGCUUCGCCUUUCAAAAAUCAUUCGUAGAAUUCUUCCUCCCAUCUAACGAUUGGAAAGAUCUCCACGCAAAACUUACCUCCCCCGAAGUCGCCCCCCAAGUCUCCUUCUACGCGUCGAACAUCAAAGGCGAUUACCUAUCCUCAGUGACCGGCGACGCGAGGGGCGGCACCAAUGCUGUUACUUGGGGUGCGUUUCCGGCCAAGGAAAUCGUCACUCCUACAAUUAUUGAGGAGGUUAGUUUCCGGGCGUGGGCGGAAGAGGCGUUUGGGAUUUGGGAGGAGUGGGGAAGGGUUUAUAGCAAGGGAAGUAGGAGUAAGGAAUUGAUUGAGCAAGUCAGUAACGAUGUGUGGUUGGUUAAUGUUAUCCAUCAUGGGUUUGUGGAGCAGGAGGCAUUAUGGGAGUUGUUGCGAGCUUAA